UUAGGAAGCUCCGCAGAGCACUGCUUCUGCAUCUUCCCUCCAAGCCGGAGCUGUGUUCCACAUUGGAGAAAGCUCAGGCACAGAAACAAACAAGUAUCUACCACCACGAGAUGGGGAGCGGAAUUAGCUCAGAGAGCAAGGAGUCAGCCAAAAGAUCCAAAGAACUGGAGAAAAAGCUUCAGGAAGAUGCUGAACGAGAUGCAAGAACUGUCAAGUUGCUGUUAUUAGGUGCAGGAGAAUCUGGAAAAAGUACAAUCGUUAAACAAAUGAAGAUCAUCCAUAAGAAUGGUUACAGUGAGGAAGAAUGCAUGGAGUUCAAAGCAGUAAUUUACAGUAAUACACUGCAAUCCAUCCUAGCUAUUGUGAAAGCCAUGACUACCCUUGGGAUUGAUUAUGUAAAUCCCACAAGUGCAGAAGACCAGCAACAACUCUGUGCGAUGGCCAACACUCUGCAAGAUGGCGGCAUGACACCUGAACUGGCUGAGGUAAUAAAGCGACUGUGGAGGGACCCCGGAGUUCAGGCCUGCUUUGAAAGGGCAUCUGAGUAUCACCUCAAUGACUCCGCAGCUUACUAUCUUAAUGACGUCGACAGAAUCACAGCUCCUGGAUAUGUCCCGAAUGAGCAAGAUGUGCUACAUUCUCGAGUCAAAACAACUGGAAUCAUUGAAACUCAAUUCUCCUUUAAAGAUUUGCAUUUCAGAAUGUUUGAUGUAGGAGGACAGAGAUCUGAGAGAAAGAAAUGGAUUCACUGCUUUGAAGGCGUUACAUGUAUUAUAUUUUGUGCUGCUCUCAGUGCCUACGACAUGGUCCUAGUGGAAGACGGGGAAGUGAACAGAAUGCAUGAAAGCCUUCACCUGUUCAACAGUAUCUGUAAUCACAAGUACUUUGCAACCACCUCCAUUGUCCUGUUUCUCAAUAAAAAAGAUCUCUUUCAAGAAAAAGUAACCAAAGUGCAUCUUAGUGUCUGCUUUCCAGAAUACACUGGACCAAAUACAUUUGAAGAUGCAGGGAACUACAUCAAAAACCAGUUUCUAGACCUGAAUUUAAAGAAAGAAGAUAAGGAAAUUUAUUCCCACAUGACCUGUGCUACAGAUACCCAAAAUGUCAAGUUCGUGUUUGAUGCAGUUACAGAUAUAAUAAUCAAAGAGAAUCUAAAAGACUGUGGGCUUUUCUAAUCAAUCUGUUCUUUCUUCCACUCUUGCUCAUGUACACUUUUCAAGAUACAAAAGGAAAGGUGCUGUGUGAUGUGCUUAGUUUUAACAGUUUAGUGUUCUAAAGCAAAAACUUUUCAUACAAAAAAAUUACAUAUUCUCAGCUAUAUCUGGGUAGGUUUCAGUUUCUCUGGGACACUGAUUUUCAUGUCCUCGGAUCUGAAAAUGUACAUUUUCAGAUUGUAAUAUGUAGCAGUACAUAUCAAUGACAGUGAGUUUGCUUGGUAGAAAAUUUCUGUAUUGCAAUCCAUUUCUAAUCAUAGAACAAUGACAAAUGCAAGGUAUUCUGUAUUAUUUCAUUGGCCACAUUUUGAGAGGCAUUUUUACUGAUAUGUAACUGUGCCUGUACUAUAAAGACUAUUCAUUAUUGGUCAAUUCCUCCUAAUGAGUAAAUUGCUAAUGAAAUGUUCACUAAACAUGUACUUGUUGAUGGGAAAUUCCAUAUGCAAAAGAAACACAUGCAAUUUUAUCUGCUACAUUUUUCUGAGAGAAAAAGUCAUUCAUGCUGAAUUUACCCUUAGAAUUGGAGAUCUUAACAAUUUACCUUUUUAUACCAGCCUAGUGGAAAAAUGGGACCGUCUGCAAACAACAGUCCCACAUCUUGCUCCACAGUGACAUGGAACAUUACUACAACUGAUGGUUGAGGGGCAACUACUUUAGACUGCAAGAGAGAAAAAUAACUCAGUUUCUUGGCAUUUAGGACGUUUUGGUUUUGUGAAUAAGAAGUAGGAAGUUAAGAGUAAUUAGGAGUUUUUGUAGGAAAGAAACAUUGAGCUUCUAUGUUAGUACUGUGUGGUCCAUUCUAAAUGUCUGACUGCAUGCUAAUGGGCAAGCCUACUUUUUAAAAGUUAAUUUGGUGUCUUACAAACCAAAUCAUGUCAUUUGCAAACAGAAAAGAUGACCUUUCUUUUUUAAAAUAUAUGUACCACUUAACAAUUUAUCCUUUUCAAGUAGGUCUCAAUAUUGUUCACUCUCUAUCCUGGUAGAAGGGGUACAUAGAUUAGAAUAGUAGGUCAGUACAUGAGACUUAGAACUACCCUGAAAAGAGAGCUAAUUGGUGUUUUACCAGCUAAAUUAGGAAAACAGAAAUUAAGCAAUUUGCCAAUCUGUAGCUCAGAUGGAUUUCAAUAGUUCUGUCUCAGGG